AUGCUCGUCCGACAGACGAGAAAGGGCAUUUUUGCCUUGAAAUCAAGGCUCUCGAGGCCUCAUAUUGCGACAACCCUCGGUCGUCGUCACGGCAGACAACUCGCCACAGCCGUCGACGACUUCCCACUUAACAGCUAUGGCGGCCUUCAUGAGCAGCUUGCUCGAUCGGGCCUACAACCCUUUCAGGCCCCUUCUCUUGCCGACCUUCGGGCAUUCGACCCGACAACAAACCUGUUAACUAUCCCCGAGCCACCAGAAGCUCGACCUUUCGGCAAGAUCAACAACAAGGGCGUCCCCGGCGAAGUUGAAGAGAUGAUCCCAGUUUUCGAUGCUUGUGUGCGUGUAGGCAAGCUUGAGAGAGCGUCUCUCGUCUUGAAGCGACUCAUUGGAACUGGCUUGAUUCCUGGCGAGGAAAUGAUCAUUUUGCACAACCAAUACCUCCGUGCCUCUCUCGAGCAAUUACGAAUGACCCCCGACCGAAAGCAAGCCGAGAUGCUACAUAAAUGGUAUGAGCUACAAAUACGAACCACAGAUGUGCCACAAACUGCAGAAACAAUUGCAUGCAUGCUCAAGGCCUCGCUUCUGUCUGAACGUGGUGCCCGCCUAGAGCGUCUUGUCACCCGCUACAUGAGCAUGGCCCCUGGUGAAGCUGGCUUGAGAGUGUUGAGCAUGGCCGAUAUUCUUAGCGACCAAGAUCUUGGCGUCAUUACAGAGAUUUGCCCAACUUAUACUUUCGCACCCGAAGCCGAAUCCGACGCCCAAUACGUGACAAUGGCAGAAGAUGAGUAUCUAGACAUGGAGGAAGGCCAUGGCGAAACUACAGCAACCACAGCAGCGUAUCCCGACAUCCGACCAACACCACAACGAGGAGAGGGCCUCAGCGCUCUCAAGAAGAACCUGAACCUCAUCAACGAGUUGCAAGACGUGGACAUUUCCAAACUGCCCGCCGAAGAGCAACGCGAAUUUCAGGCCCGCUUAGAAAAGGAUUCUAUCGAUAUUGCUAUUGAGAAAUGGCGGAAUGUCAAGAAAAACCUCGACAAGAUGCGCAUCACCACGGCUUUAAAUGAUAAGCACGAGGACACCAGUCUUGCCGCGUGUAUGCACCUAUGGCUUACAGCUAUGGAGGAACGUUUAAAAGAGGAGAUCAUCAAGGUCGAGGAAUCCGAGGCGAGCCAAAACAAGACCGAAGAGGAUUUGGAGCGAUGUAUCUACGGCCCAAUUCUGAGACUUGGAGACCCUACUAGACUGGCUGCGGUUACAAUCCUCACUCUCCUCAAUACCAGUGCGAUUCAGGGUGUGGACAAGGGCGUAGUCAUUCAGCGACUAUUGAACGACGUUUCCCGUGUGGCUCAGGACGAUAUGCGCACGCAACUUCAAGAAAAGGCCGACCGAGAACGCCGCCGAAGUCGCAAAGUCAAGUUUACUGGAAAUGAAGCAGAUGCUCCGCCCCCCGAAGGAAACAUUAUCGCAGAUGCAAAAGAACCGGUCGAUACGAAGGACCCUGCCUUGACUGCAUGGUCCAUCCAAGUCAGGGCUCGAGUUGGGUCAAUCCUUGUCAAGGCUCUCAUCGAGACUGCAAAGGUCAAAGUCGUCAAGGAACAUCCCAUUUCCAAGGAGCGAAUCAGCCAAUUCCAGCCUGCGUUUUCACAUAUGCAUGCCCCCCGAAAAGGCAAAAAGGUUGGAAUGCUGUUUAUCAAUUCAGACCUCGUCGAGCGCCUGAAGCGAGAACCCAUGGGUGACUUUCUCGCUAAGCACCUCCCCAUGGUUGCAAAGCCUCAGCCUUGGAAGCGUAUCAAUGAGGGAGGCUUCCUCUCCAGCAAAGCCACUCUGGUUCGCCUUAAGACGGGAGAUGUUGAGCAGAGGCUUUACACCAAAGCAGCUAUCAAGCGUGGCGAUAUGGACCAAGUUUUCAAGGGACUGGACGUGCUAGGAAAGACACCUUGGAGAAUCAACAACAAUGUUCUUGAUGUCAUGGUAGAGGCCUGGAACAGUGGUGAUGCAAUUGCCAAUAUGCCCACCCUGACCCCGGACCUAACCACCCCAGCCGAGCCUACGGGUUCUGACCCCCUUCUUCGCCGAGCUUGGAUUCGAAGUGUCAAGAUGGUCGAGAACGAGCGUUCGGCUCUUCACUCUCAGAGAUGUUAUAUGAACCUGCAACUCGAGAUUGCUCGAGCAUUCCGCAAGCAGGUCAUUUACUUCCCCCACAACAUGGAUUAUCGAGGCCGCGCUUAUCCUCUCCCGACGUACUUGAACCACAUGGGAGCUGAUCAUACUCGUGCUCUGCUCAAGUUUGCCGAUGGCAAGGAACUCGGCGUGCACGGUCUAAGGUGGCUCAAGAUUCACUUGGCCAACUUGUAUGGCUUUGACAAGGCUUCCUUCAGCGAGAGAGAGGCAUUUGCUACAGAAAACUUGCCCAACAUUAUCGAGAGUGUUGAGAACCCUCUUAAUGGCAGCCGUUGGUGGUUAAAGGCGGAAGACCCUUGGCAAUGCUUGUCUGCUUGUUUCGAGCUCAAGGCUGCUCACGAUCUUGAGGACCCCACCAAAUAUGUCUCGAGUCUGCCAGUCCACCAGGAUGGUACCUGCAACGGCCUGCAACAUUAUGCAGCCCUUGGUGGAGAUACUUGGGGUGCUCAGCAAGUUAACCUCAUGCCUGGAGAUAGACCAGCUGAUGUUUACAUGGCUGUUGCCAACCUUGUCAAAGAGUCGAUUGCCAAAGAAGCCGAGAAGGGCAACCAGCUUGGUCAGAACUGCAUGGGCAAGAUCACUAGAAAGGUUGUGAAGCAAACAGUCAUGACCAACGUCUAUGGCGUCACCUUUUCAGGCGCCAAACAACAAGUUUGCAAACAGCUGGACGCCCUGUACCCCAACAUGUACAAGGAGACUGGCAUCCCCAAUCUUGUCACUGCCACAUACAUUGCAAAGCACAUUUUCGCAGCUCUCGGAACCAUGUUCCGUGGUGCCCACGAUAUCCAGUAUUGGUUGGGUGAGAUUGGUGCACGAGCAUGCAAGGCCUUGACCGAGUCGCAAAUCCAGCAGCUCGCAGAAGAAUCGCCAGAUCCCGCCAACAAGAAAAAGGAACUAGACGAAAUAACCUCGCAAUUCCGAUCAACAAUUGUGUGGACUACUCCCCUCCGAAUGCCCGUCGUUCAGCCUUACCGAAAAGCUACCAGCCGAGAAAUUCGUACUUGUUUGCAGGCCAUCACUUAUCCCACUCAGGGUAGAACUGAGCCCGUCGAUCGCAGGAAGCAACUUCAAGGGUUCCCCCCCAACUUUAUCCACUCCCUGGACGCGAGUCACAUGCUUCUGUCAGCUCUCAAGUGUGACGAGCUAGGGUUAAAUUUUGCUGCCGUUCACGAUUCCUUCUGGACCCAUGCUGCCGACGUCGAUGUUUUGAAUGGAGUUCUCCGAGACGCUUUCAUCCGAAUUCACGAGGAAGACGUCGUUGGCCGAUUAUUAGUAGAGUUUGAGGCACGAUACAAGAACUCGCUUUACUUGGCUAAUAUCCCUGCGGAGAGCCCUGCUGGACAUGCUAUCAAGGCUUUUCGCAAAAAGAGCAAGCUGACUCUCAAGGAGGAACUCUUGUUGGAGUAUAAGCGCAUGAGCCUUAUCAAAUCCGGAAACCCAUGGGACUUGGAGGCCGCAGAAAAGAUCCAGACACCUGCCGCGGUCUUUGAAGAUAUGGAAAUGUCCGAAGAAGAGAUUGAACAUGACCCUGAGAAUGUGGGCGGCGGUCUCGGAGAAAUACCCAAGGCCGAAUCCAGCCUCACUUCGGCCGUCAAAGAAGCUGUACAAGAAAUGGAUCCUGACGGCACGGAAACAGACGAGUUGAGUGUUGUUCUUCUCAAUCGUCUCAAACACACCAAUUUUGAGAUGAACAUUAUCAACCCCAAGAAGGAGACCAGCAGGAAUAAGAAGCAGUAUAUCACAAUCUGGCGCCCGAUGACCUUCCCCAAGCUCCCUCAGAAGGGUGACUUUGAUGUGAAGGAACUAAGGGAUAGUCAGUACUUCUUUUCCUGA